UUUUAACAGCCUGAUUACAGAGAAAGGUCACUGCAGCAGGAGAUCAAGCAUGUGGAACAUAAACACACACUCUCACUCUAUAAGGCGCAGAGACAGAGAGAGUGUGUGAUAACUUUAUAUCUAAUGUGGCUCAGGCUAAUCCGUUACAUAGCAGGUUUAUUAGGCGAACAGUAAAGAGGAGGCAGUUGAGUUUGAUGCUGGAGCGACUGCAGACACAGGAAAGGUCACAGUGAUGGAUGGUAUGAGUUCUUCAUCAGAGCGACCCUGCAGAGCGACUGUGAGGCGAACGAAGACGACUAAAUCUGAGCUGCAGGUCAGAGCUCACAGCAGGAGAGGUGACCCGGACAAGUGUGACAUCUGGGGCAACACGCCGCUCCACCUGGCGGCUGCCAAUGGCCACCACAACUGCCUGUCCUUCCUGGUGGCUUUCGGUGCCAAUGUGUGGUGUCUGGACAACGACUACCACACACCGCUGGACAUGGCCGCCACCAAGGGCCACAUGGACUGCGUUCGCUACCUGGACUCCAUCGCCGCCAAGCAGAUCACCCUCAACCCGAAGCUGGUCGGCAAACUGAAGGACCGGGCGUUCCGCGCCGCAGAGCGCCGGAUCAAAGAUUGCGAGAAACUCCAGAAGAAGCACCAUGAACGAAUGGAGAGGAGGUUCAUGAAGGAGUCGGCGGCUUUGGACAACUUAGACGCUAUAAGCUUUUCUAGCUACACCAGCGGCAGCACACUGAGCCGCAAGUUCAACACCGUCACCUCCAACAUGCCAUACUCACAGACCACGCUGCAUUCCACAGCCAAGGGCAAGGCCAAGAUCCAGAAGAAGUUGGAGAAGAAGAAGCAGGUCGAUGGAACUUUUAAGAUCUACGAGGACGGGAGGAAAAGCGUGCGCUCGCUGUCCGGCCUGCAGCUCGGCAACGAUGUCAUGUUCCUCAAACAGGGCACAUAUGCCAACCCCAGGGAGCGGUCGCGCCUCGACAUCCGCGACAUGUUCCACCGAGACAAUGACGACGACGCCGACACCGUCUCCCGUGCCAUGAGUGACCCAGGCCUGCAUGAGGCUGCGUACUCUGAGAUCAGCGCUGAUUCCGGACGUGAUUCAUUGUUCACCCGACCUGGGCUCGGUACCAUGGUGUUCAGGAGGAACUAUAUGAGUGGAGGCAUGUUUGGGAUCGGAGCGAGGGAUGAGGGGAGUGUAGCAGGGAGUGAACCUGUGGGCAGGGCGCCGAAUGUUCGUCUACGAGGACGUCUGCCUCGACGCUCGCCCAGCUUCGAUGAGGACAGUAUCGGCAGCGCGUUGAGCCUGCAGGAAAGAAACCUCCAGGAGCUGCCCUGGGAAGAGACCGAUAUUGCUCUGGAUCAGGACUUGGAGCCAGAGAACAGUCCUCUGGAAACCUUCCUGGCCUCUCAAAGCCUCAGUGAGUUCAUGCAGAUCUUCAGGAGGGAGAAGAUCGACUUGCAGGCUCUGCUGCUGUGUUCAGAUCAGGACCUCACCAGCAUUCACAUCCCUCUGGGCCCCAGGAAGAAACUUCUGGACGCCUGCAAGAGACGUCUGGAAACGAUAGAUGAACCAGAGGCCAUUGAAGACACAGAGCUUUGAAGUUUCCUGUACAGUCAGUGAAGACAACAUGGAGUCCAGAAAUCUGACUCAAACUUUGCCACAUACACAAACUCUCAUCUGUUGGAGAAGAAAACUGAUUCUCCCACGUCAUUCUGUCUCCAUACAAGAGGAGGUCAUAAGUAUCUCGUGCAGACGUUAAAGUAUUGAUAAGGAUAGUGAAGGGUGCCCAUAGAGCAUAGAUCUCAUGGUCUCUGCAACCUAGAUACUCAAAGCUGCUGUAGAUGUCAUGUCUACAGAGCAGAUGUCUGGCAAGCCACGACAACGGUGACUGUUUGCUUAAAACUCGUAAGGAGGCCUUCGAUCUGUCUACAUCAGCAGACCUAGAGGGUAAUCCUGACCUAUUUUACCUCUUCGUCCUCUAGCGAGAGGGGAGAGACUCUGCAUUACUCCCCUCACUUGCUCAUGUGUGGAAGCACUGCCUCCUGAAGCUGCAGAUAUAAUUUGGGCAUUUGGGAAGACUCGUUAGGAUUAUCAUGGCAACACUCUGUGCAGAGAGACGUGCUGUUAUCUCAACGUAAGUCAUCGAUGUCUCUGAGUCUUCUUCAUCUCUCCUGAUUGGUCAAGUGAGCUGAAAUUCCACAACAUCAUCCAGUGUCUGUUACUGUAACCGCUGAUGUUUUUGUAUUAACUCAUGUAUCAUAGAAUGAUUCAUGUAUUAGUGAAUCUAACGUGUCCUUCAUGACGUCUUCAUUGUACGUUUGUAUUACUUUAAACACGUUAUAUCCCUCCGUGGCACAUAAACACUGGUGACCUACUAUUAAUGGGGUUAUUUAUGAAUGGAGCAGCCCCAGACUGACUGCUGCUCUGCAAACACUGUUGCAAUAGUAAAAACAAUGGGGUGGUUCUGUGGGGCUGUGUGAGUGUGUGCUAGAUAACACUGUUAUCUCAGGUUGCUGCAGGCGUAUUUGGUUUCACUGAAGGUCCGUCUGUGUGAGUGUGUGUGUGUGUGUGUGUGCACUUGAGAGGAUGACUGUGCAUGAAUGUUGUUUUAAAAAUAUCUGUUUUUUGUAUCUGAAGAUGUUCCUCCAAAUAUGAUGUUUUAUUAAAAUAAAGGGAAAAAUAUUAUUGUU